GGGAAAGAUGACCACGCUCACGAGACAGGACCUUAACUUUGGGCAAGUUGUUGCAGAUGUUCUCUCAGAAUUUCUGGAAGUGGCUGUUCACCUUAUCUUAUAUGUCAGAGAAGUUUACCCUAUUGGGAUCUUUCAGAAGAGGAAAAAAUACAAUGUACCUGUUCAGAUGUCCUGCCACCCCGAGCUGAACCAGUACAUCCAGGACACCCUGCACUGUGUAAAGCCCCUGCUUGAGAAGAAUGACGUGGAGAAGGUGGUGGUUGUGAUCCUGGAUAAAGAGCACCACCCUGUGGAGAGAUUCGUCUUUGAGAUCACCCAGCCACCCCUUCUGGCCAUCAGCUCCGAGUCCCUGCUGUCCCACGUGGAGCAGCUGCUGCGUGCCUUCAUCCUGAAGAUCAGCGUGUGUGAUGCUGUGCUCGACAACAAUCCCCCAGGCUGCACCUUCACAGUCCUGGUUCACACACGGGAGGCUGCCACCCGGAACAUGGAGAAGAUCCAGGUGAUAAAGGAUUUCCCCUGGAUCCUUGCUGAUGAACAGGAUGUGCACAUGCAUGACCCCCGGCUUAUUCCCCUGAAAACAAUGACAUCUGACAUCCUAAAGAUGCAGCUGUACGUGGAAGAGCGAGCCCACAAAGGCACCUGAUUUCAAAUCUUCCUUGCCUUCAAGCCUCAUCUGAUCUUCCAGUGGAAUAAGAGAUCUCACAAAGCACACCUUGCUAACCAUCUCUUCAGCUGGCCUUCUGGGUGAAUGUAGAGCAGCUGCUGCCUCUUUAUUUCAAGUGCUCUUACCACUGUAUAUAGAACUGACUUGGAAUGUGGAGCCAGAGCCUGUUCCCACGUGAGCAAGCAGGGGUUGUCAGGGUGGAUCCCUGGGGCAGGAGAUUGGGCACUGCAGUCAGUGCUUUGUACAGAUCCAGCUCUCACCUCAGCUGGGCACCUCCAUGGCCCGUGGGCAGUGCU